GACUUGUCAGCUGUGGUGUCAGCAUGUCACGUGAUCCGUCAGCUGAAUGUAUAUAAACUGCUCGGGACGUGUAUCGUCAAAAGAGUCAACUGACGGACUCCUCAAGACAAAGAUUACAAUUCACGACUGCCUUAAAAGACGAGGAUUCGCGGUAUUCUGAUUCUUGUUGUAUUAAUACAUACGGCCCAGGCAUACCACUACUUAUAUUCAAUAAUAAAGACGGUUUCCUGGAGUCGUCGACCGAGACUUCCUAUGUUCUGCCGGGAGACUGAGGAGAGUUUACCGCAGUGUAACGUUAGUUGAUCACGCGUAUAGGAUGAAGCGUCUGGUGCUCGGGGUCUGCGCGGUUCUCACAGUCUGGACACUAUUUUCGGCGCCGUCGGGUUCCUCACACCCUCUUGGGGGAACAGAAUCGGCGAAGCUGAGGUUCGUGGAGGAGUUUGAUCGGUUUAAGCUCGGGUUCGGUUGGCAUAACGUGUCCUGCGCGGUGUGUAAAGCGAUCUUCAUCAUGCUUGACAUUGCGCUGCUGAGUGAAUCAAACAUGGAGCGUGUGGCACAUGCUUUGGGAGAGGCCUGUGUUCGACUGCAUCUGACCGAGCCUCAAGUAUGUCGAGACAUCACUGAGCUCUUCCGAGACGAUGUCAUCCGUGCGCUCCAAGAGUCCUUCCUCUGGCCCUCGGAGGCUUGUGCUGUACUGGUUGGACCUACAUGUGGCCAUUUUGAUAUUUAUGCUCCCUGGAAUGUGUCUCUCCCACGGGUCCCCAAACCCCCGGUUAAACCGCCUACUCCUCCUAAACCAGGGUCUCCACAGAGCAGAAUCCUCUUCCUCACAGAUAUCCACUGGGAUGCGCAGUACGCUGAGGGCAGUCUCGUGGACUGUAAGAUGCCACUGUGCUGUCGGAAUGAGUCUGGAAGGGCCAGCUGGAAGCACACUGGAGCCGGAUACUGGGGCACGUAUGGUGACUGUGACCUGCCUCUGCGCACAGUUGAGAACCUUCUCCAAAACAUAGCCAGAUCUGGCCCGUGGGAUUGGGUGUACUGGACCGGAGACAUUCCAGCCCACAACGUGUGGUCUCAGACCCGUGCACAACAGCUGAACGAGCUCGUCACCAUCACUAGACUCAUACACAAACACCUGGGGCCUAAUGUACCCGUUUACCCAGCGGUUGGGAAUCACGAGAGCACACCGGUGAAUAGUUUCCCACCUCCGUUUGUACAUGGGAACCGGUCGUCCCACUGGCUUUAUGACACAAUGGCAGAGGAGUGGGCAUCCUGGCUGCCAGAGGACGCCUUAAAGACGAUACGGCAUGGAGGGUUUUACACAGUGGAAGUUCAGCGUGGUUUGAGGCUGGUGUCUUUGAACAUGAACUUCUGUGCACGAGAGAACUACUGGCUGAUGGUGAACUCCACAGACCCGGCGGAUCAGCUGCAGUGGCUCGUUCACAUACUGCAAGAGUCCGAGAACAAGGGAGAGAAGGUCCACAUCAUCGGUCAUCCCCCGGGACUCUGCCUGAGCAAUUGGAGUUGGAAUUACUAUCAUAUAGUGAACAGAUAUGAAAGCACCAUAACUGGUCAGUUUUUCGGACACACGCAUGUCGAUGAGUUUCAGAUGUUCUACGAUGAAGAUACAUUGACACGUCCACUAAGUGUAGCUUUCAUUGCCCCAAGUGUGACCACUUAUGUCAACCUGAACCCAGGAUAUCGUGUGUAUUACGUGGAUGGAAACUACCCAGGCAGCAGUUGGAUGGUUUUGGAUCAUGAGACUUUUAUUCUUAACCUGACUCUUGCCAAUAACCUGCGCUCAAAGCCUGACCCCAACCCGUCAUGGACCUUACUGUACCGUGCAUCGGAGGCCUACGGUUUGUCCACACUCUUCCCAUCAGACAUGGACACUUUGAUCAAAGUCAUGAAGAAUGAUGACCGUGUCUUCCAGCGCUUCUGGUACCUCUUUCAUAAAGGCCACGUCUCAAAGCCCUGCACAGACACUUGCAAGACGUCACUAAUCUGCUUCCUGCAAAGUGGACGAUACGACCUUCUAACGCAUUGUAAAGUGCUACACGGAGAUGUUAGGAAGACAAUGUGUUGAAAAAAUAUGAAACUUGCCAUAGAGUUCUAAUGGGUUUAAUACCACGCCGACGUUACAGACUCUUGAUUCAUUUAGCACUUUCGUUCGAACUUCUUUUUGUAGCAUUUGUUACAUUUUGUCCUUGAGAUCAUCAAAAGUUGACUUGAUAUGGACAUUGUUGAUAUUAAAAGUCUGCAGUUCUUGUGAAGGUGUGUAAUUUAGAACAGAGAACCAAAGUAUAAUUGGUUGAAAGUGCAACAGGUAGUGACUUCACUGAAUCAUGUGGUGUGUUAGUGCCUCAGAAAAACCACAGCUGCUCAAAUGUCUCGGUCCUCAUUCUCACUUAUGUUAUUCAGUCCUCAUUCUCACUUAUGUUGUUCAGUUCUCAUUCUCACUUAUGUUGUAUGGUGUGUUUUGCGUCAUUCUAGGGUGUUUUGUGUUAUCACUUCCUGCAUUGACCUGUAGUUUGCACACUGGAGUCUGUUGAAGACCAGUUGUAAAAGAUAAUGGUUUAUUAUCAUUGAAAACACAAUUGAUUUAAUUUGUAAUGGAAUGAUGUUUUUCUGAAGACUGUGGUCAUGUGUGUAAUUUUUUUUUUUUUUUGUGUGUGUGAACUGUCGCACUUGCUGAAAAUGAGUUUGCAAUUACAGCGGGAUUUUACGAUUGUUUAAUGGAUUGUCUGAAGGUCUUUAUUAAAUAAAAUAUUUUGCAAGGUGAUUUGUUUGUAGAUUUAAGUCAUGUAAUGUUCAUAUGUUUGUCAUGAAAACAUUUUUGCUGUUGAAAAAGCAAUUUUAUUGAGCAGCUAUGCAUUGCAAUGCAAACGAAUCAAAAGUGACAAUGUUAUCACAAAUUUGUUACAAAUAAAUGCUAUUCCUUUCAAAAUCCAA